AUGAAUUCGAAGAUCAUCGAAGCUUUCUUGAUCAUGGCUCUCUUCGCCACCUCAUGCAUCGCUCAAGCUCCAGCUCCAACUCCCACUACCACCGUCGCUCCUCCUCCACCUCCCGUCUCUACUCCUCCUCCGGCUGCUGCUCCGGCACCGACCACCACUCCACCACCUGCUCCAACCCCUACACCCACCCUGACUCCUCCCUCUUCCGCUCCUUCUCCUUCUGAUGUUCCCGCCGCUUCUCCACCUGCACCGGAAGGUCCUGGAGUUAGUCCCGGCGAUCUUGCUCCGACUCCUUCCGACGCCGCUGCUCCUCCACCUAAUGCCGCUUUCUCCAACAAAGCUUUCGCCGCUGGUACCGUUUUCGCCGCGGUUCUUUACGCCGUCGUUUUGGCUUAA